AUGGCUGCUAUUACUGCUGGUUCUGCUGCUGUUCCAGUGAUAGAUAUGAAGAAGUUGAAUGGAGAAGAUAGAAAUAUUGCCAUGGCAGAGAUUGACACUGCAUGCCAACAGUGGGGAUUUUUUCAGCUUCUGAACCAUGGUAUUCCACACAGUCUUUUAGAUAAAGUGCAGGAACUUUUCAAGGAACAUUACAAGAACUCCAUGGAUGCAGAGUUUCAAAAAUCUGCUCCUGUUCAGAAGCUGAAUAAAGCUUUGUCUGAACAAGAUUGCAGUAAAAUAGAGACUGACUGGGAAUCAGGAUUCUUUCUCCAGCAUUCCUCGCAUCAACCUGCUAUUGCUACUCCUGCUUUGCCUGCUAACCUGAAGGAAAUCAUGAAUGAAUUUGCAGAAGAAACGAGUAGAUUGGCAGAUAGAAUGUUAAACAUAAUGGAUGAAAAUCUGGGACUUGAGAAAGGCUAUUUGAAAAAAGCUUUAGCAGGAAAAGACAGCCCUUUCUUUGGCACAAAAAUGUGUCACUACCCUCCAUGUCCAAGGCCAGACAUCAUAGAUAGCCUCCGAUCCCACACAGAUGCUGGUGGAAUCAUUCUGCUCUUACAAGAUGAUAAAGUAAAUGGUCUUCAAGUUCUCAAGGAUGGCACCUGGUUCGAUGUCCAACCAAUGAGCCAUGCAAUUGUUAUUGACAUUGGAGAUCAGUUGGAAGUUAUUACAAACGGGAAAUACAAAAGCAUGUGGCAUCGAGUACUUGCUAAAACAGAUGGUAACAGAAUGUCAGUGGCAUCAUUUUAUAACCCUUCAAGCUCUGCAAAAGUUUAUCCGGCUCCUAGCCUCGUUAGAGAUAUACCCAAUGCUGAGAAUUAUCCAGAGUUCAUAUCAGCAGAUUAUAUGAGAAUAUAUGGAGAGCAAAAGUACCUUGCCAAGGAACCUAGAAUUGAAGCCAUGAGAGCCAUCUUACCAGCCUAA